AACACAUAACCACCGCCCAACAUGACAGACCUCACGCACUUCGACCUUCUCCCCCUCCAACUAGACCCUCAAUCCAAAUCCCUCUCCUCAACCUCCUCCUCGCGCGCCCUCGCCGCCGAGCUCUCCCAAUUAAACGCCCUUCACCGCUCCCUCAUCACCUCCGACACAACAACCCAGCACGGCGUGCCCCCGCCGCCCAUGCCCGUGAACCCCAAACGCUCCGCCCAAGUCGCCAAGCUCCGCGACAGCGGCAAUGCAGAGUUCCACAAGAAGAAGUACGGUGACGCCAUCAAGUUCUACACCCUCGGCCUGCAAAUGGCCCUCACCCGUCCGCUCUGGGAACCCUCCCAGCUCGUCCGCGAGGAGGUCUCGGGUCUGUACGCCAACAGGGCGCAGGCGCACAUGGCGCUGCAGCAGUGGGCAGAGGGCUCCGUCGACGCCGAGGCCAGUGUCGAGGCGCGCAAGGUCGGCAACGCAAAGGCGUGGUGGCGCCGCGGAAAGUGUCUGAUGGAGAUGGGCAGAUUGGAGGAGGCGAGGGAGUGGGUUGGCAAGGCUCUCGAGUAUGAGGGCGAGGAGGGCGAGCUCGUUGCGCAGUACAAGGAGAUUGAGGCCCGUUUGGAGAAGGCGUAAGUCUGAGAAAGGCGUACGAUUUUUAUCGAAAAGGAGGAUCAUGUUCUAUACGAGCGCCGAGGAAGUACAGAGUCAUUCCACUUGAAGCACCCAAGGAUGCUCAUACACAGAUAUAUGGAUAAGGCAGCGUGUGGUUCUAGAACGGGUCAUGGAGGAGUGAGGGGCCAAAAACCUGGCCAAGCAGUCUCGGGCCUCUGUUUUGGCAGCGCAUAAUACCCAUGAGAGAGCCGCCUCGCGCAUGGAGAUGGAAAGCCCAGGUAGACGCAAUGGUAUGGCGGCUUGAAGACUCCCUAGGCAUUCGUGAUUGUUCUUUGGCGCAGGUUGUCUUGUACUUUGAUACAGGCUUGUUUGUCAUUAGCCACUACAAACUUUCCCAACAAUGCGGCAUCAAUCACUUGCGACACUCGUGUCGAGUAAGCAUAUCAGUGUGGAAAUCAGACGACAAUAAGUUGGGUGGAUCGGGUUAUUGAGCAUUUCUAGUAUACCAUAGGUA